ACCUUUGACAGUUGCUUGCUUGCUCGCUCUCCCUCCGCUCUCAUCUCCUCUCCCGACUGUCUCUCUUUUUUCGGAUCGUCUUUUACCGUCCAAUUCCAAAAUGAACGCCGCUGCCGCUCUUCGGGCCCGUAUGGCCACCUCCUUCGUCGCCCGCCGUGGCUUUUCCACCACCCGUGCCCAGCUCGGUAGCCCUUACCACUACGCCGAGGGUCCUCGCUCCAACAUCCCCUUCAACCCUCACACCAAGUACUUCUUCUUCAGAUACUGGGCUUUCAUGAUCACCGGAUUCGGUGCUCCCUUCGGCAUUGCCGUCUGGCAGACCUACAAGACCCGGUAAAUGCCGUGUUGCGCCGUGUUUCUUCGCACCAUGGUGUGUUGGGAAUUGGUCGAAAAUGUACCCUAGAAUGGAAGCGGUCGGAUAUCCUGUAUAAAGCUAGCGAAAUGACCAAGUUGGGGAAAUGGAGAUGUUUUUCUAUUUGAGGCAGAGAAUUGUCUACUAGGCCGUAGAGACUCGCGAGAGGUGAUAUUUUGAAUAGAAACUGUAGAGAUGAAGUCGAGUGGAAACGGAGUCGUUGUGGAUGGGCCGAUUGCAAUCUUCAAUCUGAAUGAAGUCAUUGGCUGAUUUUCCUUUUAAUUUUUCUUUUUCCCCUUCCCGCAUCGCAUCGCUUUUGCGGCUCCGCCCUUCUCCAA